UCUCAUAAAACUUAACAAUAGUUUUCCAUUGUUGACGAAUACCACAUCAAAGGCAAUACUUUAUUUUUUGCAUUAAUUAAUAGUAAAACUACAAACUAUGUUUAUUAAAAAAGUAUUUUUGGUUGCAGUUUUCGUAAUUCUAGGAUCUAUGUUUUAUUCAAAAGCCUCAGAUGACAAAGAAAAGUUAGCAAAAUUUAUCUCUAGUGGAAUGAAAUGCUUCAGCAAUGUUAACAUCGAUGCUUGUGCCGAGAUGCUAGAAAUUGACUAUGAUAAAACACAACAAAAAUAUAUAGAUUGCAAAUGUGCCUUGGCGUGUGUAGGAAAAGACUUUAACUUAUUAGAGGAAGGUAAAGCAAAGCGAGAAAACUAUGUUAAAAUAAUGGAUGAGAUUCAGAACGCUACAGUCAAAGCUAUGAUGAAAAAUAUUCAUGACUCCUGUCCUGAUCCUGAAGGCGCUGAUGAAUGCAUUAUGGCCGGAAAUUUUAUGAACUGCGCAUUAAAGAACUCUCCUGCGAUAAAAGAACGCAUAACUUCAUUAAUGCAUGCAGUGACUGGUAAAUCAAAACAAAGAUAAAUUCCAAAUACUUUUGGUUUCAGAGCAUUUCUAAAUUCAUUAACUUAAAUUAAUUAUUUAAAAUAUUUAUGUAACAAAAUUAUUUAAGUAUAAAGUUUGAUAAACAAAUGUAAAAAUGUGUUGCAAACAAUAAAAUUAUAGAACUAUGUAAAACUA